CGUUUGUGGUUCACACUGCGUCAGGGGAAGGAGAAGGAAAGGAGAGGGGACCGGUCCCGGUGUCUUCCUGGAGAGGCGCCUGCCCGGGAAGGACUGACCCCCGAGCUGCCCGGGGCCCGUCCGCUCAACCUCCACCUCCAUCCUCCGAGGAAAUGGGUUUUCCAGGAGCCUGGACUGGGCCAGCGGUGACUCGUGGCUACACAGGAACGGCAGAGGAAGUGACUCAGGCCCGGGGGGAGAAAGUGAGCCUGCGGGUCUCCUGCCCCUUCCCCUGUCCCAGGUCCCACACGGUGGUGGCUUCUCAGGGUGACCUCGGGGAGAAGAUGACCGCCCGGGCGCUGCUGCAGACAGCGCUGUUCCCACUGGGGCUGCUCCUCCUGGCUCAAGGUGCCCAUGGUGGGGCCCCCAGGGAAGACUUUCGCUUCUGUGGCCAGCGGAACCAGACGCACAAGAGCAGCCUCCGUUAUAAUCAGACGGCAGAGCUGCACAUCUCCAUCCAGAACUCCCAGGAGGCCCUCACGGUCCACGCCCCCUUCCCUGGAGACUCCCGGGCUGCCCAAGAACUCCCCCAUCUCAGGGGCCUGUACCACUUUUGCCUCUUCUGGAACCGCCACGCUGGGAAACUGCACCUGCAAUACGGCAGGAAGAACUUCUCGCUAAGUGACCAAGCGUCUGGCCUCCUGUGCUUCCAGCACCAGGAGGAGAGCCGGGCCCAGGGCCCCCCGCUGCUCGCCACCUCUGUCAGCUCCUGGUGGAGCCCCCGGAACACCAGCCUGCCCAGCGCCGCAGGCUUCACCUUCUCCUUCCACAACCCUCCGCGGAAGGCCUCCCACGAUGCCUCGGUGGACAUGUGUGAGCUGAAGCGGGACCUCCAGCUGCUUAGCCAGUUCCUGAAGCAUCCCGGGAAGGCCGGGAGGAGGCCCUCGUCCACCCCCCCCAGCCAGCGGCUGCAGAGCCUGGAGUCAAAGCUGGCCUCUGUGAGCUUCGCCGGGGACACCGUGUCCUUCGAGGAGGAUCGGGUCAACGCCACGGUGUGGAAGCUCCAGCCCACGGCCGGCCUCCAGGACCUGCACAUCCACUCCCGGCAGGAGGAAGAACAGAGCGAGAUCCUGGAGUACUCGGUGCUGCUGCCCCGAGCUCUCUUCCAGAAGACCAAAGGCCGCAGGGGGGAGGCCGAAAAGAGGCUCCUCCUGGUGGAUUUCAGCAGUCAAGCCCUGUUUCAGGACAAGAACUCCAGCCAAGUUUUAGGUGAGAAGGUGUUGGGUAUCGUCGUGCAGAACACCAAAGUGGCCAACCUCUUGGAGCCCGUGGUGCUCACCUUCCAGCACCAGCCGCAGCCGAAGAAUGUGACUCUACAGUGUGUGUUCUGGGUUGAAGACGCGACAUUGAGCAGCCCGGGGAGCUGGAGCGACGCCGGGUGUGAGACCGUCAGGAGAGAGACCCAGACAUCCUGCCUCUGCAACCACCUGACCUACUUUGCAGUGCUGAUGGUGGCCUCCGUGGAGGUGGACGCCGCACACAAGCACUACCUGACUGUCCUGUCCUACGUGGGCUGUGUCAUCUCCGCGCUGGCCUGCGUCCUCACCAUCGCCGCCUACCUCUGCUCCAGGAGGAAGCCCCGCGAUUACACCAUCAAGGUGCACAUGAACCUGCUGCUGGCCGUCUUCCUGCUGGACGUGAGCUUCCUGCUCAGCGAGCCGGUGGCCCUGGCGGGCUCCGAGGCCGGCUGCCGGGCCAGCGCCAUCUUCCUGCACUUUUCCCUGCUCUCCUGCCUCUCCUGGAUGGGCCUCGAGGGCUACAACCUCUACCGACUCGUGGUCGAGGUCUUCGGCACCUACGUCCCCGGCUACCUGCUCAAGCUGAGCGCCGUGGGCUGGGGCUUCCCUAUCUUCCUGGUGAUGUUGGUGGCACUGGUGGACGUGAACAACUAUGGCCCCAUCAUCCUGGCUGUGCACAGGACUCCAGAGAGCGUCAUCUACCCUUCCAUGUGCUGGAUCCGGGACUCCCUGGUCAGCCACGUCACGAACCUGGGCCUCUUCAGCCUGGUGUUUCUGUUCAACACGGCCAUGCUGGGCACCAUGGUGGUGCAGAUCCUGCGGCUGCGCCCGCACGCCCAGCAGUGGCCCCACGUGCUGACGCUGCUGGGCCUCAGCCUGGUCCUCGGCCUGCCCUGGGCCCUGGUCUUCUUCUCCUUUGCUUCUGGCACCUUCCAGCUCGUGGUCCUCUACUUCUUCAGCAUCAUCACCUCCUUCCAAGGCUUCCUCAUCUUCCUCUGGUACUGGUCCAUGCGGCUGCAGGCCCGGGGCGGGCCCUCCCCUCUGAAGAGCAGCUCGGACAGUGCCAGGCUCCCCAUCAGCUCGGGCAGCACCUCGUCCAGCCGCAUCUAGGCCGCCAGCCGCUCGCCCCGCGGAGGAAGCAGAGGUGCGGCCUCCCCUCACCACGCCUGCAGCCCCUGCAGCCAGGCCCGGCCCUUGAGGGGUCAGCUGAAGACUUGAGAAGGCCCGAGGACCUUGGAGGGAUGGGGCUGUUGCCAUGGCGGCCAGACCCAGGGGACUACUCGGCUCUCGGGUCCAGCUCACAGGGAGUGGGACUGUGCCCUGGCCAUCCUAACCUGGGGCUGAAGGCUGGUCUUCUCGCCAUCGCUGGGCCCAGCCCUCACGGCUGGGGGUCAGGAGCCCGCAGGCCUCAGGGUCAGGCCUCAGACCUUGGGGGCCUGGUGGCAUCCUGUGCCAUAGCUGCUCUGUCUCUAGUAAUCACCAUGAGGACACUCUGUAGCCCCUGUCAUCUUAGCCCAAGGGUGGCACCAGGGAGAGGGUUGGGGCAGAGCAUUGGAGCCAGGCCCCUGGAGGAGGAGAGCCCCCUCCCAGAGCAUAGCUCCCCUACCUCUGAGCCCAGAGCCCGCCCUCCGUCAGCCCCCCAGCCCUCCCUCUCCCUUCCCCUGUCUUCCCCAGCCCUCCCUCUCCCCUCCCCUGUCCCUCCCAGCCCUCCCUCUCUGCUCCCCUGUCCUCCACUCACAGCUGGAGGUCCCAGUUGCAAUGUUGUAUUCCGGGUAGUGGUCCCAAGAGCUGCCUGGUGCCUGCUGUAAACCUUUAUCUACUGCGCGGGCCUUUGCCUGCCCCUGACUCAGGCUUAGUGUAGACGUUCUGGGCUGGGCUGGUCCGUCUGUCCAUCUGGGCCUCUCCAUAAGCUGUGUUACCUUUGCUCACAAUGCCGAGCCCACUCCUCCCAAAGACCCCCAGCCUCUCCCGGAGCUCUCUUGUGGCAAGAGCUGUGGAGCGUACAGUCCAAAUCUGUUUCCACCCCAGCACUCUGAAGACAGACGUGCCUCCCCGGCGACACUGGCCCGGAGCCCGACGCGCUCCUAACGGGUUGUCCCUGAGUCCCUGCAGAGGGACUGGAGCUCGCUCAAGCCCAUCACAGUUAGCUCUUUGGGAUACAGAUGGCCAGACCUGGUCACUCCCUCUUGGGAUCCCUCUGUCUAGUGUGUGAGGCGUGUACAGACAAGAGCUCCAGACACAGGGUUCAGGGGGCCAUCAUUUCUGGCUGGAAAUCCAGGAAGACUUCCUGUAGGAGGCAGCUUUUGAUCUGGAUCUCAGCCUUAAAGAUGGGGAGGAUUUCUUUUUAAAUACCACUUCAUUUGUCUUUUGAUAUUAAAAAGAAGUACAUGUUGAUCGUAGAGAAUUUGGAAACUGUAGAAGAGUAUAAAGAAGAAAAUAAAAAUCAACAAACCAA